AUGACCAUUCUGGGUUUGAACUUUCAGGUUUUCCUGAACAAUGUUUAUUCCACACCGCAGGUUUAUGGAAACAAUGUGGAGAUUCAAGCUUUAUCAGAAAUGUACAAUCGGCCUAUCCAUAUAUAUUCGUAUAGCACAGAACCUAUCAACAUCUUCCAUGGCAGCUACAAUACUGACACACCUCCUCUUCGGCUAAGUUACCAUCAUGGGAAUCAUUACAACUCACUUGUUGAUCCGCGUCGAUUGACAAUUGGUGCAGGACUUGGAUUUAGCUCUCUGCAGGGGACAAGCGUUGGUAGAGAUCAGGUCAAAGCUGCCAUUAAAGCUCAACAGGACCAACAGAUUGAUAAUGCAAGUAUCUUGAUGGGGGCCCUCUUAGCUGAGGGACGCUUUUACUCAGAUCUUGAGCUCACUGAGAAGGAAAUUGAGCGCAUGGUAAUGGAAGCUUCUAGGGCCGAGUAUAUUGCUAAUGACAAGUUCAAGCAGCAACUUGGUCAUAGAGAAUCUUCUACUUCUGGUGCGGAGCCAUCAUCUUCUGGUGCAAGGCCAUCAGGAAGCGAAACCAAGCUGGAAGGUAGGGGGGAGUGUCGGUUGACGGAUGCUGUUCUCAGCAGCGGCAUGCAGAUGGUGCUGUCAAUGGGCUUCAGCUAUCUACAAGCAAUUGAUGCUUAUAGUAUAUUUGGGGAUGAUGUCGAUUCUAUGGUGUGUUAUUUGUUGGAAACCAGCAGUAGCAGCAGGCGCAAAGGCAAGGCAACUGAAUGA